ACUUGCUACUCUGCUCCCUACCACCAACAUCCUAAUCAUGUGGCCACUUAUUUUUGAUAUCAUCGCAGCGUUGUGUGUCGCCGGCGUUCUUCUACGAAGAAAAAAGCCUGCAUAUCCUCUCCCUCCUGGGCCGAAGGGUCUUCCCAUCUUAGGGAAUGCACUGGACAUUCCGAAAAGCCACGAGUGGCUCACAUAUGAGAAAUGGGGCAAAGAGCUGAAGUCGGAUGUCAUUCACGCGGAAGCGUUAGGGACGCACUUGAUCAUCCUGAAUUCUGCAAAAGCAGUGAAGGAGCUAUUUGAAAGACGCUCGUCUCUGUAUUCCGACAGGCCAACAAUGGUGGUCCUGGAUGUCCUUCUCAACUUUCGUUGGGCCUUGGGAUUCUCACGGUACGGGACACGAUGGCGCACCAUGCGCCGGGAGUUUCACCGCUUUUUUCACCCUGCGGCGGCGCUACAAUACCGCUCCAUCGAAUCCAACGCAACGCUUGGGCUCUUACGCCGUUUGUUGGACAGGCCAAAUGAUUUUAUGAACCACAUAAAACAUAUGGCCGCGCAGACAAUCAUCAAGAUCGCAUAUGGAAUCGACGUGAAAUCCCAGGAUGAUCCAUACAUUGAUUCCGCGGAAGAGGCGCUGGAAGCUAUGGCAUUUGGGACCACUGCUCGCGCUGGGUUGUUCGAUGCUUUUCCCAUCUUACUAAGAAUCCCAGCAUGGAUACCUGGUAACUCAUUCCGGAGAAAAGCAGAAACUUUGUCAAUGUCCGCACUACGGGGGAUUGAAAAGCCAUAUUAUGCCGUCAAAGAAGCUAUUAAAAGUGGGACAGCUAAUCCGUCCAUUGUAGAACAGAUGAUACAGCAGCAGCACCUUGGCGAAAUGACAUCUCAUUUGGAUGAGAACGUCAUUAUGCACAUCUCAGGAUCGAUGUAUUUGGCUGGUGCAGACACAAUCGCAUCCACCAUUGCAACAUUCUUCCUAGCUAUGCUUCUCUAUCCUGAAGCUCAGAAAACGGCUCAAGCCGAAAUUGACAGUGUUAUCGGGACCGAUCGCCUCCCUGAUUUCACAGAUGAGCUACCAUACGUGACCGCGCUCAUGAAAGAGGUUCUUCGGUGGCGCCCAGUGGCACCUCUCGCUAUUCCUCACCGAGUCGUCUGUGACGAUGUCUACGCCAGGUACUUGAUUCCAAAAGAUUCUAUCGUGAUGGGAAACACUUGGGCGAUUCUCCAUGACGAGACAACGUAUCCCGACCCAGACCUGUUCAACCCUCGGCGCUUCCUCGGUGCCGCUAUCAAUGGGAACAAGUCAUUUCCUGACGCUGCCUUUGGUUUUGGCCGACGGAUUUGUCCUGGACGAUACCUGGCACGCGAUGCAGUUUGGAUCACAAUUGCCUCUAUUCUUGCGACUGUCGAAAUUCGUAAAGCGCUCGACGAGAAGGGCAAUGAGGUUGAGCCGUUGGAUGAGUAUACUUCCGGCGUCGUCUCAUUUCCUGUCGCCUUCGAAUGUAGGAUUCAACCGCGGUCGAGUGCUGCGGAGCGGCUAGUGCAAGGGGGAAACAUAAUCUAAUUCAGGUAGAUUGAUAAAAGGGCACACAGCGUUCUAAUGCAACGCCCGUUGUGCAUGUUCCUCGUUGCUCCGCGGGAAGUAAAUGACUGCAAUUGAUCAGCUUUGAUAAUCUCUCAAUGGGUCGGAAGAGACUGGUACAGGUACAGUUCUUAUCUAGCAUGGCCAAUUGUUCACUUUAGUGUCGUUGUGCGCUAAUUAGAGCAGGGCGCAUAGGCACACAAUCAUCUGAGAACACUUGGCCGUUGUUCAU